UUAUCGACUAUUAUUGCCAAAAUGGUAGAUAAUAUUUUGCAUCUUGACGUGGUUCAGUAAUACGAAUUACAUCAAAUUAAAUAUAUUUUACUUUAUGUUGAUAAAUAAAAGUUAAAAAUUGUAAUUACAAAAAGACUUAUAAUUAAAGUGAUUAUUGUGAAUUGUAUAUAAAUAACUUUUAAAAUAAUCAAUAUAGAAAAAAUGGGCAGGUCUAGAUCGCGAAGUAAAUCACCAAGCAGACGGCGUCACAAGAGUAAGCACUCCCGUAAACGUUCUAAAUCUCGAGAAAAACGUUCCAAUAGUAAAUAUACAGAAAAAUCUAAGGAGCGUAGUUCAAAGUCCAGAAAACGAUCACAUUCUCCAUCAUCUAGUACUGAUUCAGAUGGAUCAGAUGAUGUCCACAUUGUAAGUCAUAAAAAGCGAUUAUACAGAGAUCGUGAUAGAAAAAUGGAUGAAGUGGAACGAUUAGCGGAAAUGGAACGUCAAAGGAAAAAGAAAGAAUUAGCGAACAAUUCCCUCGCCACGAGUGCAAUCCGGCGUCAACGAGAGUCUGAGCAGAAAAUGGUGGAAGAAGAGGCUGCUAAAAGAAUCGAGGAGUUGGUCCAAAAACGAGUGGAAGAAGAACUUGAAAAACGAAAAGAAGAGAUUGAAGCUGAGGUUCAUAGGCGAGUAGAAGAGGCUAAGAGAGCCAUUGAGCGUCAAAUGAUGGAGGAAAUGGAAUGGCGCCAGGCUAAACUCCGCGAGGAGGAAAAACGCAGAGAGGAGGAAGAGCGGAAAAAGCGUGAGGAGCUCGAAAGGAUCAUGGAGGAAAACAACAGGAAAAUUGAAGAGGCUCAAAAGAAAUUGGCCGAGGAAAGACUGGCAAUGGUUGAAGAACAACGUCUGAUGGAAGAAGAGCGGCAAAGGAUGAGAAAAGAACAAGAAAAACGAGUCAAAGAAGAGCAGAAGAAAAUUCUUGGAAAGAAUAAUUCAAGACCUAAGCUCUCUUUUACUCUUAAGCCAGUUACGUGAGUGUCUAGACUUAUUUCGUGCAGUUAAUCUUGUGAUAUCAAGACUUUUUUUUUUUUAAGAUAAAAUUCAUAAUACGUACGUAAAUAAUGAUUUACCAGAGUCAGUAGAUAAUUUCACUAAUAAUAAUUUUAAUGACUUAACUGUUUAUACAAAUGAAAGUAAUUAUUCAACUCUUGUGAAUCAUUUAAUACAUACGUAGAAUACCAAUUUUCAUUCAAUUUGUAUGAAUGAUGCCAAUAAUGUACAUAUUCACAGUCUACAUAACGGAUAACUUCAAUUAAUUAAUGAUAAUAUGACUAUUGAUUAUUUAAAUUAAUUAAUUUUUUUAUUCAUAUCAAUUUGAUUUAGCGCCAAAAAAUCGUUAAUCACGUUAAUUAUCCGUGAAUAUCAUUGUUUCAAUCAAUCAAUGUGUAACAAUCAAUUGAUUGUUAAUAUUACUUAGUCAUGAAAUAUGAAAUGAUCUAUUGUGUUUAUUUUUUACUUGUCACUUCAAAUUUUUAGUGAAGUUUAUUCAAGAUUGUGUCAAAUUAUCUGCGGUAAUGACUUUAUUAAAGUUAUUAUUUAACAGUAAUUCAAUAAGGAUUGUAUAAAUAACGAUCGAUUUAAAUCCAG